CCCUCUACAACCGCUCUCCAGAGAAGCCCCAGGGAGUAGAGUCUUUGUGUCCAAGCAGCACUGGGAGCAUUCUUAGGUAAAAAGCUCCAGCACUGGAUGUGUCCUCCCGCCAUGGCCGCCACCGCCUCUCCUCUGCCACCCAGCACCAAGGUGGCCAGUUCUGAGAACAGCAGCUCCUUCUAUGACUAUGAGUACUACCUGGGCGACGUGGCCUUCAUGCUCUGCAGGAAGGACGAGGUGCUGUCGUUUGGCAGAGUCUUUCUGCCACUCUUCUAUGGCCUGAUCUUUGUGCUGGGCCUGGGCGGGAACCUCCUUCUCCUAGUGGUCCUGCUCCGGUAUGUGCCUCGAAGGCGGAUGACCGAGAUCUAUCUGCUGAACCUUGCCAUCUCCAACCUCCUGUUUCUGGUGACACUGCCCUUUUGGGGCAUCUCUGUGGCCUGGCAUUGGGUCUUUGGGAGUUUCUUAUGCAAGGUGGUGAGCACCCUCUACACCAUUAACUUCUACAGUGGCAUCUUCUUCAUUAGCUGCAUGAGCCUGGACAAGUACCUGGAGAUUGUUUGCGCUCAGCCCUACCACCGGCUGAGGACCCGGGCCAAGAGCCUGCUCCUCGCGGCUGUCAUGUGGGCUGUGGCCCUGGUUGUCUCCAUCCCCGACAUGGUCUUUGUGAGGACGCAUGAAAACGCCCCAGGCAUGUGGGACUGCUUUGCGGAUUUUGGGGGGCAUGGGACCAUCUGGAAGCUCUUCCUCCGCUUCCAGCAGAACCUCCUGGGGUUUCUCCUCCCCCUGCUUGCCAUGAUCUUCUUCUAUUCCCGCAUUGGCUCUGUCCUGGCCAGGCUGAGGCCCCCAGGCCGGAGCCGGGCUCUGAGGAUGGCCAUAGGCCUGGUGGUGGCCUUCUUUGUGCUGUGGUUCCCGUACAACAUCACCUUGUUUCUGCACUCGCUGCUGGACCUGCGAGUCUUUGGGGACUGCAAGGUCAGCCAGCACCUGGACUAUGCGCUGCAGGUGACAGAGAGCAUCGCCUUCCUCCACUGCUGUUUCACCCCCAUCCUCUAUGCGUUUUCCAGCCGCCGCUUCCGCCAGUACCUCAAGGCUUUCCUGGCCACUGUGCUCAGACGACACCAGGCUCCUUACCUUGCCCAGGCCCCACCGUCCAGCUAUUCUGAGAGUAGUAGGCUCAGUGGCCAAGAAGAUAUAACUGGCAUGAAUGACCUCGGGGAGAGGAAGGCUGAGGACUCCCCCAACAAGGGGGACACAGGGAAAAAUUCAGCCUGAGUGGCCACGCCACAGUCCAUGAGAGCAGAUGGGACCCAGCUCAGCUGCGCAUCCACCAAAAAGUCCUCCCUUCAGAGUUCUCAGUUACCAUAUUGCUAAACCAGUCAUUUCUUGGUCCUCAGCCAUCAGCAGCGUUCACUGUCUCCUGUCUUCUCCGUCCUCUUUCUCCACUGCCUUCCAGGACUCCAUACUCGCUGGCCUGAAUGGCUGCCGUAGUUUCCCAGCUGACCUCUGUGCUUCCUAUCCUCGUGCUCCCCGGUCUUCUAAUCUACACCCAGCAGCCAGAGUAACCACAACACCCUCACCAUCUCUCCCAUCCCCCUCAGAGUAACCCGAGGCCUGCCACCCACCAGACUGCCGCCUUCCCUGUGGCUCAGCUGGGGAAAUAUUACUGCAAGAUUGUUUACUAUCACAGCCUUGAAGGUGGAUCCAGGGUCUGGCAGUCAGGAGGGG